GGGUUCAUUUGCGACUCAAGCCCUCUAGGCUUAGAGUCCGAAGGGCGGGACGAAGUUGUGGGCGGGGCAGGAAGCCUUGGUACCUCAGCUACGUUUGAGGAUUGGAAGUCUCGAUCACAGCCACUGGAGGGACCGGUUACUGGGACCCUAACGAGAGCCCAAAUGGCGCAGUGGGAGAUGCUGCAGAAUCUUGAUAGCCCAUUUCAGGACCAGCUGCAUGAGCUGUACUCACAGAGCCUCCUGCCAGUGGACAUUCGACAGCACUUGGCUGUCUGGAUUGAAGACCAGAACUGGAAGGAAGCUGCACUAGACAAUGAUAAUUCUAAGGCCAGCCUGCUCUACUUACACUUCUUGGAGCAACUGAACUAUGAGAUUGGCCGCUGCAGUCAGGACCCUGAGUGCUUGUUGCUACAGCACAACUUGCGAAAAUUCUACAGGGACAUUAUGGACUUUCCACAGGGCUCCACCCAAUUGGCUGAGAUGAUCUUUAAUCUACUUCUGGAAGAAAAAAGAAUUCUGAAUCAAGCCCAGAGGGCUCAGGAGCAAGGAAAGCCAGCCCUUGAAGCAUCUGUGGAUAGCCAGCAGCCUGAGAUUGAAUCUCGCAUCCAGGAUUUAAGGGUUAUGAUGGAGAAGCUGGUGAAAUCCCUCAACCAACUGAAAGAACUGCAGGAUAUCUUCAACUUCCGGUUUAAUAUUUACAAAAAAGGGAAGACGUCCUCUUCGGAUCCCCAUCAGAACAAAGAGCUACAGCUUCUUCAGGAAACUCUCAAUGACCUGGACAAAAGGAGAAAGGAGGUGCUAGAUACCUCCAAAGCAGUGGUAGGCCGAUUAACUACCCUAAUUGAACUACUGCUGCCAAAGUUGGAUGAGUGGAAAGCCCAACAGCAAAAAGCCUGCAUUGGAGCCCCGCUGGACCAGGUUGGGUUGGAACGUCUGGAGAACUGGUUCACAGCUGGAGCAAAGCUGCUGUUUCAUCUGAGGCAGCUGCUGAAGCAGCUGGAUGAAUUGAGACACAUUAGCUAUGACGGUGACCCCCUGAUCAAGGGGGUGAAUGUGCAGAAUGCCCAGGUCACAGAGUUGCUUCAGAGUCUGCUCCACAGAGCCUUUAUUGUGGAAACCCAGCCCUGUAUGCCCCAGACUCCCCAUCGACCCCUCAUCCUCAAGACUGGGAGCAAGUUUACUGUCCGAACAAGGCUGCUGGUGAGACUCCAGGAAGGCAGUGAGUCACUGACAGUGGAAGUCUCCAUCGACAGCAAUUCUCCUGAAGGCUUCCGGAAGUUCAACAUUCUAACCUCAAACCAGAAAACUUUGACCCCAGAGAAAGGGCAGAGUGAUGGUUUGAUUUGGGACUUUGGCUUCUUGAUGCUGGUGGAGCAACGUUCAAGUGGUUCAGGAAAGGGCGGCAAUAAAGGGCUGCUGGCUGUGACAGAGGAAUUACACAUCAUUAGCUUCACAGUCAAAUACGUCUACCAGGGUCUGAAGCUGCAGCUGAAAACAGACACCCUCCCUGUGGUGAUUAUUUCUAACAUGAACCAACUCUCAAUUGCCUGGGCCUCAAUUCUCUGGUUCAAUCUGCUCAGCCCAAACCCCCAGAAUCAGCAGUUCUUCACCAGUCCCCCUCAGGCUCCCUGGAGCUUGUUGGGUCCUGCUCUCAGUUGGCAGUUCUCCUCCUAUGUUGGCCGAGGCCUCAAUCCACAGCAGCUGGGCAUGCUGAAGAACAAGCUAUUCGGGCAGAAUUCUGGAGGAGAGGAUGCAUUGUUGUCCUGGGCUGACUUCAGUAAGCGAGAGAGCCCCCCUGGCAAGUUACCAUUCUGGACAUGGCUGGACAAAAUUCUGGAGUUGGUACAUGACUACCUGAAGGAUCUCUGGAAUGAUGAACGCAUCAUGGGCUUUGUGAGCCGGAGCCAGGAACGCCGGCUGCUGAAAAGGAUGGUCUCUGGAACGUUUCUGCUACGUUUCAGUGAAACAUCGGAAGGAGGCAUUACCUGCUCCUGGGUGGAACACCAGGAUGAUGAUAGGGUGCUUAUCUACUCUGUGCAGCCCUACACCAAGGAGGUGUUGCAGUCACUCCCACUGACUGAAAUCAUCCGCCAUUACCAGCUGCUUGCUGAGGAGAACAUACCUGAGAACCCCCUGCGCUUCCUCUAUCCACGAAUCCCCCGCGAUGAGGCUUUUGGGCGCUACUACCAGGAAAAAGUUAAUCUCCAGGAGCGGAGGAAAUACCUGAAACGUAGGCUCAUUGUGGUCUCUAACAGACAAGUGGAUGAGUUGCAACAACCACCAGAGCUUAAACUGGAGCCAGAACUGCCAUUGUUAGACCUGGAUCUGGGGCUGCCAUCAGAGCCAGACCUGGGGCUCGGCCUGGAGUUAGAGCUGGAUGCAGGGCUGAAUCUGAGGUCAGUGCUGGACCCUGUGCUGGAGACCACUCUGAAGCCAGGACUGGAGCCCACACUGAGGCCUGUGCUGGAACCUACACUCUGCAGGGUAUCACACAGCGUGCCAGAGCCAGACCUGAAACCUGUAUUACAGCCAAUGCCAGAGCCGGAUUUACCCUGUGAUCUGCAAAACUUGAACACUGAGGGAAUGGAAAUCUUCAGAAACUGUAGAAUAGAAGAAAUCAUGCCAAAUGGUGACCCGCUGUUGUCUGGCCAGAACACCACUGACGAGGCUUACAUCUCCUGCCCCAGCCAUUUCUACACGGAUGUACCCUUGACUUCUGACUUCUAGGAGCUACAUUUUCUCUGUUAUUUCCAAAUCUUUUGCCCCUCCUACUCUUCACAUCAUGAUGCUGCUCUUCAAGUAUGGGAAAUUAGAGAUUCUAAGCUGGGGUUCAAGGGGAGAGGUGAAAGAAACAUGAAUGUGGAAGGGCACCAACAAAUCAGAACAGGUACUGGCCAUAGUUCUAAAUAAGGUCUUGGAGGCUAUCUGCUGUGCUGGGAGUCUUAGGGGUCCUGCAGCAGGCCCUGAUAGUUUGCAGGUAUUGGAGGGCUCAGGGAAGUGGCUUCUUUCCAGUAUGGAAGGAUUUCAACAUUAUAAUAGUUGGUAAGAUUAAACUGGCACACACUAGCAUUGGCCCUUUGUGAAGAGUACAGACAUGUUAUAGAAUUCCACUUCUCUUAUUAUUAAAUUCCAUUUCUCUAUUGGAUAUUAGUGAAUUCAGGGCCUCAUGCAUGCUAGGCAAAUGUUCUAUCACAGAGCUGCACACCUAGCCCUUUAUUUCUCUCUUCUGGUUCCAACUUUUAUCCAUUCCUGUCUAAGAUAGUUGUGGUUUUUUUUUUUUUUUUUUUCCUUCUUUUCUCGAUUCCUGAUUUCUUCUUUUUUUUUUUUUUGUUUUUGUUUUUGUUUUUGUUGUUGUUAUUGUUGUUGUUACCAGGGAUUGAACCUGGGGCACUUAACCACUGAACCACAUCCCUCACCCUUUUUUAAAUUUUUUAAAAUUUUGAGACAGAGUCUCACUAAGUUGCUUAGGGCCUCACUAAGUUGCUGAAGCUAGCUUUGAAUUUGUAAUCCUCCUGCCUCAGCCUCCUGAGUUGCUGGGUUUACAGGCAUGUGACACUGUGCCUGGCCUAAAUUUCUUAUUUUCUUGCAGGGGUUGAGAGCUUUCUGUCUCAGCCCAGCAUGUAAAGCUGCAUUCUGAGUAAGGAUGUAAAACAGAACUCUUCUUACCAGUCUUCUGCCCUGCUCUGCCCGCUGAGUUGCCUGCAUCCUCUCCUUCCCCAUAAAGUGAUCCUGCCACUCUAAUGUGAUUGAGAAGCUUUGCACACUAAUUUAGGCUGCCUAGUCUCCAUUUCCCCACUUAAGAGACAAUCACUCCUGGAGGUUGGGAUGGUAGGGUUUCUGGGAAUGUAUGAGUUGCUUUAUAUAGUAUUGGAUAAAAUUUGAUGUUUUUACAGAGGAAGAAAUGCUUUGGUAGCUAUUUUUUUUUUUUUUUUAUUAAGACACCAUCCCUUCUUUUGUACAAUAUAGUGUUUGCCUGAAUGGAAGGUCUCUAUUCCUUGGGUAUAGACCUAGGCAAAAACCACACCAAAGUUCCUGGAACUUAGAACCUUGAAAGUUUAUCAUAUGACCCUGGACAUCCUCAUACCUUAGCCAUUCCCAGGGAACCCCAGAGGCAACUGCCGUUGCUCUUAGAUGUGCUUCUGGUGUAAUUUAAGGUAUAAAUGAAAGAGGAGCCCUGCACAGGUGACUAUUUCUUGCUUGGUAUUCAAGCAAACAGCUCAGUUCAGAAAGGGUCUCUUCUGAGCAGAAAUGACUAAUAAACUUUGUGCUAACCUUGAA